GCAAAGUGAUAACAACAGUGUGCAACGUGCCUUGGGCUUUCCCAGUUUUUUAUGCUAAAUUCGUUGCUAUGUUGCGUUUAAGGAGAUUGUGCGUACUAAUCCAAACACGUAAAUAAACCAGUUUUAACCAGCGCGCGCAAGUUAAGUUUCUGCUUAGGAGUUCGUUAACUGCGUUCUCAAUCUGCUCGUUUAUCAAAAUGUAAACAUGCUCUGAUCGAGAAAAACCAACACUACCAAAAUAAAGUUGCCAAAUUGUAAGAGCGGAACAUACAUUAUAGCAUUUCUACCAUAUAAUGUUUACUAACAAAUCGGUUUGCAUGUCCCAAACUCUUAAAAUUUUCUUGUUUAUCCUGUCGUUUGAAUGGCCCUCUAUUGAGAAUAUCGUUAACCAAACAACUCGCCAUCUGUUGAAAACACCGACACUAACUCGUAAAUAAUAAAGUUCAAGAAAAAAAUGAUCCAUAGUCGCAUAGUGGCAGUCAGCAGACGAUAUCACAACUUGAAGGAGAGAAGAUUGGGAAGUAAUCUGAGUCAAUUAAAAAAAAGAGAGGCGUUAUUUGUGCGACAAUCUUUUCUUAACCAGCAGUUGUGGAAACCUAAGAAUACAUUUAUGUCCUACGAACAGGAAGAGGAGGAUCAUUAUGGUCCGGGCUAUGAAGUAGGCUCAUACACCAAGGAUUACAAUGAUGGACCAUACGAUGGAGAAAAUGAUUUGAAUUUGAAUUCUAAUCCAGAAGGAAAGCCCAGAAUCCUUCUAAUGGGUCUUAGACGUUCUGGAAAAUCAUCAAUACAGAAGGUGGUUUUCCACAAGAUGUCACCAAAUGAAACACUCUUCUUAGAAAGCACAAAUAAAAUAGUCAAAGACGAGAUCUCCAAUUCAUCAUUUGUGCAAUUUCAAAUAUGGGACUUUCCAGGACAAGUGGACUUUUUCGACCCAAAUUUUGAUUGUGAAAUGAUAUUUGGUGGAUGUGGUGCCCUUGUUUUUGUAAUUGAUGCACAGGAUGAUUAUAUUGACGCUUUAAUGAAGUUAAAUCUCACCGUGACACGAGCGUACAAAGUCAACCCCAAUAUUCGCUUUGAAGUCUUCAUUCACAAGGUUGAUGGUCUUUCGGAUGACCACAAAAUUGAGGCACAACGUGAUAUUCACCAAAGAGCUAACGACGAACUGAUGGAGGAAGGUUUUGAUUCAGUCAAUUUGAGCUUCUACUUGACUUCAAUAUACGACCACAGUAUUUUUGAAGCAUUCAGCAAAGUGGUUCAAAAGCUAAUCCCACAGUUACCUACUUUAGAGAACUUGCUCAACAUAUUUGUUUCGAAUUCUGGGAUUGAAAAAGCUUUCCUCUUUGACGUUGUCUCCAAGAUUUAUAUCGCUACCGAUUCUUCUCCAGUAGAUAUGCAAAGCUACGAAUUAUGUUGCGACAUGAUAGACGUUGUAGUCGAUAUCUCUUGCAUUUACGGAACUAAAGAAGCUGAUGGCGCCGCUUUUGAUCAUCAAAGUCUCAGUCUUAUUAAACUAAAUAAUUCAACAAUCCUUUACUUACGAGAAGUAAACCGUUUUUUGGCUUUAGUCUGCAUUUUAAGAGAAGAUCAUUUUGCUCGGCAAGGAUUGAUCGACUACAACUUCGUCUGUUUCCGAAACGCCAUUCAAGAAGUAUUUGAAGUCCGUAUGCAACUACAGCAGGCAAGCAACAACACAAAUCCAAGCGUAGGUUCUUACAAAAAAAAUGUACUUCAGUCAUUCAUCAUCGAUUCGAACGAAGCUCUAGAUUUUAAGUUAGUUCGAGAACCUUCUGAUGUUGAUAAUGAUGAAACUACCUUCAAACCAGAAAUGUCUCAUCAAAUCUUUGGAGAAAAUGAAAGCAUAUUUGGUUACCAGAACCUCAAAAUUAGCUUGUACUACACUGCAGGAAAACUAAACACAUACCUUGGAAUGAAUUACAGUAAAAAAGUUGACCCCAAGCAAUUUGAAGGAGCUACAGCUGAUGAUGUAAUGGGAGCCAUCACUCCUAAACUUCCACCAGGUUACAUGACUAACCUUGAUGACUUUCUCGUAACCCUAAACAAAGAACAAAGCUUCAAACCUCCUGGUGAACUUCUUUCAACAUACUCUAUAAACAAAGGUUCGGCCGCAGAAAAGAAUUUUGAAUUGUAUAGUUGUACGAUAGAAGAACCUAGUUUUCGAUCAUACCACGAGCGAUUGCAAACUUUCCUCUUGUGGUAUGUGGAUGCAGCUAGCUUUAUCGACGUUGAUGAUGACCGCUGGCGCUUUUACUUAAUAUUCGAAAAAUAUCCUUGUGAUGGAUGUCAUCGAUAUGCUCUGUGUGGAUAUGCCACAGUUUACCUUUAUUUUGCUUAUCCUAAUAAAACUCGGCCUCGCAUCAGCCAGUUCUUAGUUUUGCCACCUUUUCAACGCGUAGGUCUUGGAGCAGAACUUCUAAACACCAUUUAUCGUUCAUUUCUUAAGGAUUCCAACAUACUUGACAUCACAGUUGAAGAUCCUUCGGAAGAAUUCACUCGUCUUCGUGAUUUUGUCGACGCUCAAAAUAGCAAAAAACUAUCGUCUUAUUCUAAAGAAAAACUUCAACAAGGAUUUAAUGCUGAGAUGGUGGAAGAUGCUCAACGAGAGCUUAAAAUCAACAAAAAACAAGCAAGGCGUGUUUAUGAAAUCCUUCGUUUCGAGGCAACCAACCUAGCGGAUGUCGAAGAAUAUCGUGCCUAUCGCUUAGACGUAAAGCGUCGCUUGAAUAUUCCCUAUCAGAAAGAAGCAUCAGAUUACAAGAAAUUACAAAAGGCCCUCAAUGCAGAGGAACUACGCUCUACCCUAUCUACUUCAACUAAGGAACAACGGAUUGAAAACCUGGACAAGCAAUAUCAAAUGCUAGAAAAUGAGUACAGGCAUACAUUAGAAAGGCUUGCAGCCACGAAAUAAAUUUCUUAUGAACUCUUGUAAACGUUGCACGAAUAAAAGGUUUCUCUAGCGCA